AUGCAUUACGAACCAUCAACUAAUGAUAAGAAAUUUAAUAUUGCUAUCUCUGAUGUUACAUGUCAAUAUUCACCAAUGUCUGAGUUGGCUGAAAUCAAUCGUACACGGAUAACUCUUCUUCGUUUAAUUUUUAUGCAAUUUGAUAGUUCACAUACUAAACCAUCUCAAAGUGGUGUCUAUGAAAUUUGGCCUAGACAAGGAAAACCGAUCAAAGUGUUGUGCGACAUGGAUACUGAUGGUGGUGGAUGGACUGUGUUCCAAAAACGAGGUGACUGGAAACCUCAAGAAAGUUUUUAUAGAGCAUGGCUCGAGUAUAAACGAGGUUUUGGCGACCUACAACGACAAUUUUGGUUAGGAAAUGAUCGUUUAUCAAUUUUGACAAAUCAAAAUUCAUAUCAGUUGCGAGUUGAUCUCGAGGAUUUCGAUGGACAAAAGAGAUUUGCCGAAUACAAUUCUAUUCGAAUAUCGAAUGAAGCUGACAAAUAUCGACUGAUACUCGGAUCUUAUGUUACGGGUGACGCGGGGGACUCAUUAAGUAAUCAUAAUAACAUGCAGUUUUCCACUAAGGAUCAAGAUAAUGAUCCUUCCACUGGAUCAUGUGCACAACUCUAUAAUGGGGCUUGGUGGUAUAAUGACUGCCAUAGUUCUAACUUGAAUGGAGAAUAUUUGCGUGGAAAUCAUCCAACAAUAUAUGCUGCAGGCGUCAAUUGGUUAUCAUUUAGAGGUUACAACUACUCGUUAAAAAGUACAGAAAUGAAAAUUCGCCCUACUUGGUACAAGCCUUGA